AUGAAGGGGACUCGGAUCUUGGCUGCUGGAGUGGCCUCUGCUUCGUGGACGCAACUCGUGGCAGCUGGGGUGACGUUAGACAUCACAUCAACAGACUCGAUAAAGUCGGCAGCUUCGACAAUAGCCUACGGCAUGAUGAAAUACUACACUGGAAACAAUACUGGCGAUAACCCAGGUAACCUCCCUGCGCCUUACUACUGGUGGGAAGCUGGCGCUACUUUUGGAACGAUGGUCGAGUACUGGUACUAUACCAACGACACCUCCUACAACCCAACCGUAACCGCUGCGAUCCUCUCCCAAGUCGGCGAUGACAAGGAUUUCAUGCCCAAGAAUCAGACCAAAUCGGAAGGAAACGACGAUCAAGGUUUUUGGGGCAUGACCGCUAUGUCUGCAGCAGAAAUGAAUUAUCCGAACCCGCCUGACACGGAACCGCAAUGGCUGGCACUCGCACAGGCUGUGUUCAACGAGAUGGUCGCGAGAUGGGAUACCAGUACGUGCGGGGGAGGAAUGAGGUGGCAGAUCUUUACUUUCAACUCUGGAUAUACGUACAAGAACUCCAUUGCGAAUGGAUGUUUGUUCAAUAUCGCGGCGAGGUUGGCAAGGUAUACGGGAAACCAGACGUAUGCGGACUGGGCGGAGAAGACGUGGGACUGGAUGGAGACGAUGGGCUUAAUCAGCGAUGAUGGGAAAGUCUACGAUGGGUCCAGCGAUACCGAAAACUGCACGUCGAUCGACCACUUGCAGUUUUCGUACAACCACGGCAUCUUCCUCUUUGGUGCUGCGGUGAUGUAUGAAUUCAAGAACCAAUCGUCUGUCUGGCAGGGUCGCCUCGAAAGCCUUAUCAAAAACAUAGACAUCUUCUUCAAAAACGGUGUGAUGUUCGAGGCAGCAUGCGAGACCGUCAACAACAACGCCGGAGCCUGCAACACGGACCAGCUGUCCUUCAAAGCCUACUUUUCGCGCUGGCUGGCCGCAACGGCCAAGCUCAUCCCAGCCUACCACGAUACCAUCAUGCCCCUUCUCAAGACCUCCGCCGCGGCCGCCGCGGCCCAGUGCAGCGGCGGCACCGACGGCGUCACGUGUGGCGGGCACUGGUACCUCGAUUACGACGGGAACUAUGGCUUGGGACAGCAGAUGAGCGCGCUGAGUGUUAUCCAGGCGAUGCUGAUCGACGAGGCGCCGCAGCUGCUCACCAACACGACGGGCGGCACGAGUCAGGGAGAUGUGAAUGCCGGCACUGGAGAUGAUGCUUCGGAAAUUGUUGUCAUCACGCCGGCGACGACGGCCGAUAAGGCCGGGGCGGCUAUCUUGACGGCGGCUGUUCUCGCGGGGUUAGUCGGGGGAGUGGGUUGUUUGGUUCUGGGGUAA